AUGGGAUCUCAGGCCUCUAUGUUACUGAGGAAUGAAGAAUUGGAGGCAAUUAAGAAGGAGACUGGCUUUUCCCAUAGUCAGAUUGCCCACCUCUAUAGACGGUUCACUACCUUGGACAAAGAAGAGAGUGGAUCUCUCAGCCGGGAAGAUUUCCAGAGGAUUCCAGAACUUGCCAUCAACCCUCUGGGAGACCGGAUCAUCAGUGCCUUCUUUCCAGAUGGAGAAGAUCAGGUGAACUUCCGUGGAUUCAUAAGAAUCUUGGCUCAUUUCCGACUCAUUGAUAAUGAUGUAAAGAACAAAGAUGUGAUUGGAUCCGAACCACUCAAUAGCCGAAUCAACAAACUACGCUUUGCUUUUCAACUAUAUAAUUUGGAUAAAGAUGACAAGAUCUCCCGCAGUGAGCUGUUACAGGUGUUACACAUGAUGGUUGGAGUGAAUAUCUCAGAUGAGCAACUGGGCAUCAUUGCAGACGGGACCAUCCAGGAAGCUGAUCAGGAUGGAGAUGGAACCAUAUCUUUCACAGAAUUUGUUAACAUUUUAGAGAAGGUGCACAUCAAGCAGAAAAUGAGCAUUCAAUUUCUUGAUUAA